AUGGCUGCACUAGAUGCUGUGGUGGAGGACCGGAUGGAGAAAUUGAAAGAAGACAGAUCUUUGAAACAGAAGACCAGAUUCCGACUCACUGCAGACCCUGCCAUCAGUGUGACAUCUCUGGUGGCCAUCUUAGUGGCCUUCCUGAAGUACAAGCAGACCAAGUGCCUGGAGACCUGUGUGGAGCCGCCUCCGUCUGGGCCUGUUAGCUUUGGCUGGCACAGCCCCCCUGCUCCAGACUGGCUUGUGAAAACUUCAGCUCUUUUGUACGACCUGUGUCAAAAUGAGAAGGGCCCUGGAGGUUUUGUACAAGAACCACAGAACCACGACUUGGAACUUCGAACCAACAAGAAGCAUUCCGCGGAGGACUGCAUGGACCGCCUGGACUUCAUGAUCCGUGUGCUUUUGAAUAUGGUGAGAAAUUUGAAAAGUAGCCCAAAUCUGAAGGUGAAGGUUUGGCGCUGCCUGAGUCGUGCAGAACAAGUUCGGCUAGAUGCGGUUUUAGACAGGUGUAUCUUGCCACCUGAGUUGAUGGCUGGAGGAGAAGUAGAAUGCGACUAUGAAGAAGAGAAGAUUCAAAAUCUUGCUGGUUUACCACUGAGAGAGGAACUUGUUCCACUACCACCUCCAGUGGAGCCAGAAAAACCGCAUACAACUGAAAUCGUAGUGUUUCGGGGCAAAGGCAAGUGUGGUUUGCCACCUAUGCCUGCAGUGUUCAGCCAAAUCUUGUAUGGCAACAAGGCACCAGCUCCUGCAGCACCUGCAGCGCCUGCGGUUUCAGAAAAGGCAGCUGUCAAGACAGAGCACACAGGCAAUAGAAAGUCAAAGAGACCGACAGUCGAUGCUUCGACCAUGUUUACAAGUGUUUUGCAAAAGGCUGCAGGCCACACACCAGCAGCAACUUUGAAGAAACCCAAAGCUGCCCCCAAGAAGCCAAAGGAAAUAAACAAAACUACAAAGCACAAGAAAACAGAGAAAACCACUCAGAAGAAGAAAAGCAAGGAGAAGAUCAAGGUGACAAAGGCCAUGUCAGGUCAGGGGAAGAAGAAGAAACAACCUGAAAAAGUGGAAUCUGGGGGAUCAAAAGAUUCUGCGAAGUCCGAGGUUGCAGAGACAGAGUACAAGCCUGGCGAAAUGAAGAAGGAGCAGCAAAUUUGGGUGCAGGGGUACCUUCAGAAGGAAGAAAAAAAGGGCAAUGUGAUCUCCAAAGCUGAGGCCAACAAGCAAUGGCUUGCAAGUUUGCGCCGUGCAGAGAUCCUUUGUCGUGUUCCGCUUACUGACCUGAAACGCAGGAGUUCAGAACUUCCUCGUCGUCCUGAGACUGCGGUGGACCUCCAGCAGUUCAUUUCAGUUGCCUAUGACCUGGCUAACAACCACAUGGAGGAAGUUGCCCCUUUGGGAGGCCCUGGUUCCACAGUUCAGUCAGAUGUGGAGCAGCUGAUCAAAAAGAUCCAGUACAACAUGGCAGAGAUGGGUCGCCUCAAGGAGAUGCACACUUUGGUGAUCCAGUUGAUCCUCUUUCGACGUGAAGAAAUUGGGAAGCAGUUAGAGCAGUUGAAAGUCUUGGCUGAAAGCUGGAAGGAAAUUGGAUGGGCUCUGGAACAGCUUGGUUUCUGGGAGACAGGUGAGAUCAAGAUCACAAAGGAACCUUAUCCACCAGGAAGUGAACAAGCUGAAACAUCUGCAGAUUUGAAUGUGGAGCAGUUGAACGAGAUGGCCGAAGCUUGGUGGUAUCAAAACCCAGGGCAUGAGGAAGCCAAGGAAGAACCAUCUGAAAAUGAGGAUGUAAAAGAGGAGGAACCUGAGGUGAAGGAAGAGGAUGAGUGGGAGACUGUUGAAGUAGAAGAUGAUGCAUAUGAGGUUCUCGAUGCAUCAUCUAUAGCUUCCCAAGCUGUCCAUGACGAUGAUGAUACAGCUGAUGGUCUUGAAGAUGCAGAGCUUCUGGACACUUUGGAAGGCUUACUGGAGGUGAAGACUGAAGAGAACCAGAAACCCGAUGGAGAAGUAGCAGACGCAGACAAGGAGGUAGAGCAAGACUCCCAGGAAAAGGAAGAUGAGCCAAGCAGGGAUAGCGCUGACGAGGUUGAAGACAAGGGACCAAUGAACAACCAGGUUCAGGCAGAUGAUGAUGAUGAUGAUGAUGAUGAGAAUGACACACCUGACCAUGGCUACAGAAGGAUCAGGCUGUGGUUCAAAUUUGAUCCUGUGCUUCCCUACCGCGACAUAGGUGACAUGGAUGCACCUGGUGAGGCCAAAGCCAAAGCCAAAGCCAAGGCCAAAGCCAAGGCCAGUCCUAAGGUGCCUCCUACUCCUAUGAAGGCCAUGAAGGUGAAGAAGACACCCAAGAAGUCUCCAAAGGCAAAGCCGGCUCCCAAGGCCAAAGCUUCAGCCAAGAAAGGCAUGAAGAGGCCCGCAGCUGUGGUUGUGCCAGCUGUUCCAAAGCAGCCAGAGAUGAAGAAGCCAGCUUCUGCCAGUGCUGCUGGUCCCUCCAAGUCCCAGGGCGGUGCACCUUCUUGGUCCCUUGGGUUUGAAGAUGAAGCUGCACUUGCUCAUGAAGGAGGUGAAGAAGAGACUCCUGAGGUCGACGAGGAGGAGUCCGUUGACGUGUUUGAGCCUUGCAAUGAGCACAGGGACCGUGUGAAGGCCAACAAGUUCAAGCAGCUUAUGGCGCAGGGAUCCCUCCCGACAUGGUGCAAGAAAGCGUGGCAGGCAACGUUGGAGAUGAGAGUUGGCAAAGUGGCUGCCCAAACUAAGCUGAUCAACAAUGUCUUGUCCCGCGAAGGCGGAACCCUCCAGCUGAAGUUGGACGCGCCAGCUCUGUCUGAGUUGAAGGAGCAGUACACCGAGCACAAGAGCACCAUUUCUGAGAACUCCCUUCCGAAGUUGCUCUUCAUGGGUCGCUUUGGGCUGACUCAAGCCAUGUUCGAGGAAGGCUUGCAGACAGGCGAGUUCUAUGAGAUUGACGCCGAUGAUGGCAAGAAGCGCUAUGCUUGGACAGAAAGUACAAAAUCGACAACCCAUGGGUCCUCCAGUGGCCACAAAAUGGAGGCUUCCAAGCAGCUCACCAAGAGCCAAGCAGCAGUGGAGAAUGCCAAGUUUGCGACCUGGAGCAGCAACCUGUUCCAUGCAGCCUUUGUGUCAGGCUCCCAUCAGAAGGCUUUGCCUCCAAGCCAAUCUGUACCACUGGCAAUUUGUGAUAUGGAAAAGACGUUGGAUAAGGAGCAAUGGGAGCAGGCCAAGUCCAACCUGGGCGAAGCCAUGUGUGCCUUCGAAAAAAUUGAGAAAGACGGCAAAAAGUUGCUGUCGGAAGUGGACGCCGAUGGCGACGAGUUGUUCGACAGUUUGAAGACCAUCGUUCAGUCCUUGCUCACUGAGAAGAACGCCCUGAACCAUGUUUACAUGUGGAAAGAGCUGCCUGACAAGUCACUUUUGACCGUGAAAAGCUAUAGCCAGUUGGUUGGGCACGCAGGAGUCAUGUGCAAGAAGCUCAGCGAGCAGGUGGCAGGUGUGAAAGGAUCUUUGGGGCAGCGGGCCAAGGCUGCCAAAGCUGCUUCCUGA